ACACCCCUUCACUAACACUCACACGGUUGCCAUGGACCUACAUAAGCAGUGGGAGAACACAGAGACUAACUGGCGCAAGGAAAAGAUGGAAUUACUGGACCAGUUUGACAAUGAAAGAAAGGAAUGGGAAAGUCAAUGGAAGAUCAUGCAGAAGAAGAUAGAAGAGCUCUGCCAUGAAGUAAAGCUUCGGAGGAAAAUCAACGUGAGUGAACGUGCGAUUAUUGAUCUUAAUCGUGAAAAGGCCAUUCAAGACAAAAUGAUGGAAUCUUCUCCAAAUUAUCCCAAUUCAAGACAAUGUGAAUUUACAGGGAUGAAUCACAGGGAUGGUCUGGGGAGAAAAGGUAAAACAGAGCAGAGCUUACUCAGUGAAAGAAAUCAAAUGUGUAAGGAACAAAAAACAAUCAAAAAAUCAAAAGUAGAGUUAAUGGAUUCUAUGGCCACAGACAACCAAAAGGAAUGUGAGACCCCGCCUGACCUGAGGACUUCUGAGGAAGAGAACAAGAGGUGCUCUGGUGCCCUCAACACAGCUCUUGAAGAACUUGCCAAAGUUAGUGAAGAAUUAUGCAGCUUUCAAGAGGAAAUUCGAAAGCGUUCUAACCACAGAAGGAUGAAGUCAGAUUCUUUUCUCCAGGAAACACCAGUUGUAACUAAUAUGCCUUAUGGAGAUCACAUGAUCAACAACAACCAGUGCAUUACUCCAACCAGUUUAGAAAAAGAGAAGAAGAAAAAUAGAAAGAAUCUGAGCUGUACUGAUGUUUUCCAAAACAAUUCUAAGAAAAAAGGUGGAAUUGAUAAAACUGAUCUGCAAAGAAGUAAAACCCCACCAGUUCCUCCUCCAAGAAGUACAUCUCGAAAUUUUCCCAGCUCAUGUUCUGCACAAGCCCAUGAAAGUUUGAAGGAAAGUUCAGACCACAAUGGCUGGGUGGCCCAAGAAGGUCAAGGCAAAAAGAACUGCAACCCUCAUUUCCUCUGGAGGCACGACGAGAUGCCUACGCUGUGUCUAAAUGAAAGGAAGACUUUGAAAGAUGGUAUCACAUUUUCUUCUUUGGCACCAGAAACCAAAAUAGAUAAAAAGCCUUCAUGUAAUGAAAAUGUUGGACUUACCACGUGGUCAUGUGACACUGGGAUUGGUGCAAAAAAUAGCCCCUCUACACCAUGGUUUCAGAAAACCUGCUCUAUUCCCAGUAAGCCAAAAUAUGAAAAGGUGAUUCCAGAUCACCCUGCUAAGUCUCAUCCUGAUCUUCACAUAAGCAAUGUCUGUAGCUCCUUGGUGACACAGAGCAGCAGCCCGCUGAGAAGUUUCAGUUGUGGCUUUGAAAGGACUACUAGGAAUGAAAAGCUGGCAGCAAAGACUGAUGAAUUUAACAGAAUCGUAUUUAGAACAAAUAGAAAUUGUCAUGCAGUACAGCAAAGUCAAAGCUACUCAGAACCAUCUGAAGAUCUUCAGCCCUGUGAUACUUUAAUUUCUUGCACAGAUAACAUCUCAGAAAGUGACAGUGUUUCUGACAUUCUGAAAACCAGUGCCCCCAUGCCUGUGCCCAGGGAAAAUGUGCAUGAUAAUUCCACCAAAAAACCCACAACAGGCCUAUUUAGACAAAUGCAGGAACACAUAAGCCGUGGCAGUUACCGGAAUAUGCUCCACGAGCAUGACUGGAGACCAAGUAAUUUGUCUGGCCGACCAAGGUCAGCUGAUCCCAGGUCAAAUUAUGGUGUGGUGGAAAAGCUGCUGAAAACCUAUGAGACAUCAGCGGGGUCCGCAUUGCAAAAUUCUAAAUGCUUCCAGGCUAAUUGGACCAAAUGUAAUUCUGAUGUCAGUGGCAGAGCCACAUUAAGUCAGCAUUUUAAAAAGCUCCAAAUAGAACAAGAGCUUCAGCAAAAGCCAGCUAUGUGUGGAGCACAACAAGUGAAGCAAGGAGCAGAUCGGAAAAAGGAAUCCGUGGCAGUGAAAUGCUCACAUGGAAAAGGAUUUUCCCGACCUGCUAGACCAGCAAAUCGCCGUCUCCCGUCCAGGUGGGCAUCCAGAUCUCCAUCGGCACCCCCUGCCUUGCGGAGAACUGUCCACAACUUCCCCAUUUCUCUGCGAUCAGAAGCAUCGAUGGUCUGAGUCUCUGGCCUGGAUUGCUGGAUUACAAAAGUCCCAAUUGCCAAACAGAGUAUUCUGAGUGUUCACAACCAAUUCUGUCUCUUUCAAGAUUACUGGGACAAUUGAAAUCUUAACUUCCCAUCAGUCUUCAGUGUUUUUAAUCUAUGGAACAAUUAUCCUCCUGUAUUUUGAUUUUUUAGAUCAGAAUUUUUUAAUGCCAUCCUCAUUAAUUUGCCAAUAUGAUUUAAGUUGAAACAAUGUACUAUAUUGUAUAUUCCAACUUUCUUGCAAGUGGCAGAAAGCAAGGUUAUUUGCAUGGCCGAGUGUUUUGUAGGUGCAUGUGUUGAUAUAGGAAGUAUCAGUAUGUAUUUAGAUAAGAAAAACUUAUGUGCUAGUGUUGACUUUGAAAUUAUAACAUGUAUACCUAUAUAUUCUUUGUGUUUAUUUAAAAUUUUUAAAAAUAUACAGUAUUAUUUAUAUUUUUUAUACCUUUUAAUAGGUAUCCACUUAAGGCUCUUGAGGUACCUAUAUUAACUAACCACUUCCUUGGUCCCAGCUACAUACAAAACUAAUUAUACAUAUAUCUAAUGUUAGUAGAUUUCUACAGACAACUCAUAGUUCCUUAACCCAUAUAAAGAUAGACUAAUACCAUUGAUCUCCUUGUUUACUCUUUUAAAUAAAUAAAAGUGUCACAGGUUUAAACAGAUUAGCCUUCUAAAGCAAACAUAAAAUGUUCACAAAAGCUUUGAUAUAUCAUUCAGCAGUCUAUUGCGGCUUUCCCUGUAUACUUGAUCCUCAGAGCCAGCAUCCUAAGACUGCUUUAUAAACGACGUGACUAAACCGUGAAUUCAUUUUGGCAACUUCAGUAACAAAAUACCUUAAAUAGGAUAUAAAAAGAAAUUUAAUUAUGCUGAAUUCUACUCUUUGGUAAAAUUAUAGUAAAUUUUUGUUCAGCUACUUUAUUUGGAGUCCUACAUAUUGAGAGGUAAGUUAUUCACUUUUUCCUUUUUCUAACCUUUCCCCUAAAAUUAGUAGAUAAGAGACGAAUUCAAUUUUUUAUUAACAAAGAAAAUCAGGAAUGAUAUUUCAUUGAGAACUGAAUUAUAUUUCUUAUAGUGUACUACAUUAAGAAAAGCCUUAAACUAACCUUUGGCAUCCAUGGGGCAGCAUAAGGGGCAGAAACUUUUUUGGGGCCACAGUUCAUGAACAGUGAGCAUAUUAUAUCUAUAUUGAGAACUGACAGAAAUAUGAAUGUUGAGGUGCUUGGAAUUCUACGUGAAAGAUCUUAGAAGCAACUUUGCUCUCCAUUGUCUCUAUGUAAAACCAGCUACAUUAUUAGAUAGUAAUUCUAUUUAAGCUUUUCUUUACUAGCAAAAAGGUUAAGGAAUUCUUAUGGCAAAAGUAUUCAAAGAACCUUCUCCUUGUGAUACAUUCUAACAAUUUAGAGAGAUUCACUUCAUUAUACCAUGACUUGAGGUAAAGUAAUUAAUUUUCAAAUCCCAGACUGCCUUAAAGGCUCAAGGCUGUUGCAUGGUGAUGGACAGAUUCAUACUUACCAAUAGGAGAGCUUCCAGGAGUUGAGCAGAAUUAAACUUCUAGAAGGUGAGGUUGGAGCAGAUAAUAAGUAAAGGCUAUAGAUCCAGUCUUUUAAUUCUUGUUUCUUUCAGGAAUAUCCUUUUCCAUAGGAAGACUAUCAGAGAAAAGUAACCUGGACAUUAAAUGAUGUCACUCAUAUAAUAUGCUUUUCAUCUAGAAGGGAGAAAACACUGGGGAGGUGGUAGCCUAUGGCAUAAAAUGAUGGACCUGGUAGGGAGAUUCUGCUGUGUAACAUUGGAGAGCCUGCCCAAGGGCUGUGUGACAUAGCUGCUCCUCUCCUUCACUGCAUUCCAGGUAGUCUGAUGUGGAUCUGUGGUUCCUAACUUGAAUUACAAGUCAGAAUAUUGAAGAUUGUUUUUUAAAUUAGAUCCUGACCUCACCCCAUAAUUACUAAAGCAGAAUUUCCAAGGGUGGGGAGGGAAUCUUGAGUCCUUAAUGAAACAAAGCAAAAUAUUUGAUGAUUAGGGAGAUUUGGAAGCAGUGACAUUGAUUCAUACCCCAGUGGAUGGGCACCAUUGGGUAGUCAUGUUACUUCUCUGGAACUUGCCUUUGUUAUCUGUAAAUUAAAAGGGUAAUAUUGUCAGGCAUCACAAUUUUAUGCCACUUGUUCUAACCAUUUGAAUGAAAGAGGGGAACACGUUUUAACAUCUUGUGUUGACAAAAAUCAUAGAAUAUUAGAGCUGAAAAAAACUUAGCAUCUAGUCCAGCUCCUUGAUUGUAAAGACGGAAAAACUAAAACAAAGAUUAUUUGAAUGUUCUGUUUUCUCUCUUUAAAUAUUUUACAAUUUUUAUGGAAAAACCUACGAGUUAAAUGGAAAUUAUCCUUGAAAAUACAUGUUUGAUGUAUCGUGAUUUUUAACCAGUAGUUUUUCUACUUUGGAUGGGCAUUUUCUUCCCAACAUACCCUUUAUUAUGCCAUCAUUGCUGGAUUUAAGGGAUUUGUAAACAUUUCAGGAGCACUUGAUUAGAUGUUUUCCCUGGCAGACUUUUUGGGGGUGGGAUAUCUUAUAUUAUUUCAAUAGAGGGUUAUUGAUAUUAUAGGUUGAUCUCAGAAAGGAAUAAGAAUGAGGCAGAGAAGAGUGCUUGAGUUUCUGUGGGUGUGCGUGUGUGCACACGCGUGCACAACCCUUGCCCGAGUUCUCCAUAUUCCCUUAUGCCCGAAGCCAAAUAUAAAUGAUGUUGCAUAAUUCAUUUUAUCAAAAAUUAUCUGUAACUUUCAUUUAUUUUUACAUAGACAAUGAAGAUGAUGAGAUAUUAACAUGCACAAAACGUGAUUUACCUCUACAUAGAGGAUUUAGCCAGACUCCAUGUCAUCCUGAGAAAACAUCUGGACCUAAAAAAGGAGAAUCUGCUUUCCUACAAAGAUUUUUAAAAUUAUUUUGAGGCACACUUGCUGACAAACAACUACUUGAUAAUAAAAUCUCUUCAGUCAUUGGAAGCUAUCAAGUAAAAUAGGUGGGGAAACACGUGCUGUGGCAUCGGUAUACGUGAGGAACAUUUUUAUUUUCCUCCUUUUCUGGUGAAACUCCAGCUGAGAGUUUUUUAAAGUCUAAACUCAAAUAUGUACACAGUUCAACCUAGCUUCUCCUAAAAUGUUUCUAGACAGUAGAGUCUAAAGACCAAGCCUGCCUGAUUCCUACACCCAGCCGAAUGCCAACACAUCUAGUUUCUCAUGUACUGACACCAUUUUGUGCCCAUUUUUCUGCUUAUUGAGUCCGAUUAAGUUUUGUUUAAAAAAGGAAUACUCCUCUGAAAUUUUCUUUUACAUGAUGAAAUUAAAUUAUUUUUAGGCAUAUUACAAUUUCUAAUAUAGUACGAUUUUACUUCAAAUUCUUAACAUUUCUUUUUUUUUUU